UUUUUUUUGUUAAAUUAAGCAUCAAUUGAUCUUUCCUGGAGAAGAAAAAUAGUUGUCUUCCUUCUUUCGCAUAUAUACGAUUUGGGGCCUCGAUACUUGACAAUUCCCAGCGAAAUCGAAACAGAUCUGUGUGAUUCCUGUGUAAUUAAUCGCGUAUGAGAUGGAUAGUGGAGCGCUCAACAUCAAGAAAUGGGUAGUGGUGUAUCCAGUCUAUAUUAACUCAAAGAAAACUGUAGCUGAGGGGAGAAGAAUCAGUGUGAGUCAAGCAUGUGAGAAUCCUAAUUGUAUUGAGAUUAGUGAUUGUUGCAAGCAUUUGAAACUCCCUAGUGCUGUCGAGAUUGACAAAGCGUACCCGCGCGAUUUCAUGCAAGUAGGUAGAGUUAGAGUGCAGUUGAAAAGGGAGGAUGGGACUUUACUCAAUCCAGCCAUUACUUCAAGAAAGCAACUGAUGCAGAAAAUUGCAGAGUUGGUACCGAGACAUCCAGAGAGAGUGAAGAAGCAGGAAUCUCAGAAAGCGAAGAAGCAGGAACCUCAGGCCACAACUUCAACCUCUGGAACUUCUUCAAAGUCAGGCAAAGGUGGCAAGAAGAAGAGAUAAACAAGCCCUAUUUUCUUCCCCUGUCGUUUAUUUUUCUCCUCGCAUCAGAUUCUAUCUCUUAAACUUACUGAGAAGAACACAAAGGUGUUUGCAGGUGUAACAAUGUUUCAAAUAGAAGAUAGUCUCUUCACCACUAAGCUAUUUUGGUUUAAUCACUCUGCUUGGUUU